UUCGAUGGGCUACGUCUUACUGACAUCUAUGGACAUUUCAACGAAGCCUUUUCCAAGCCCAAUGGGCUGGUAGUUAUCGGAGUGUUUCUGCAGGUAAACGGAGGAUUCAAUAAAUGGAUGGAGAACAUUGCUCUGGCAUCAACCAAUGUUGUAACUCCCAACGGUGACAGCUACAGUCUUGAUGGUAGUAUACCGCUGACACAACUUGUUCCAGACCUGAUGCCUAAAAGUGCUCGUUACUACACUUACAAGGGUUCCCUUACCACCCCUCCCUGCUACGAAUCCGUGCGGCAGUGGAUCAUAAUGAAGAACCCAAUACCGGUCACCGAAUCCCAGCUGGAGUUACUGCGAUCAUUAUCCAAGACCAGCGGCGGGUCCCUGUGCAACAACUUUAGGCCUGUGAAACCGCUGAAUGGUCGCAAGACUUUUAAAUGGCCUGGAAAGGAAAAGGUCCCUGGCCUGCUGAAGAUCCCCUUCUUUCACUGA